AUUACUUUUUGUUGCGACAUCCGCCUGCAUAUCUCUUAAGCAACUGCAUUUUUGUUAUCUAUCUGAGAGUAUCAGUACGAUGCCAGGCCAUAGCUCUCAGUGCACAGAAUUUUUCGAAAUUGAGGAAAAGGCAGCCUCGGAUUUGCAACAUCUCAACGAUAAAGAUCUUCGCUCUUUUGCGACAAUAGAGAACGACUCAUCAGAUGAGGGUCAAUACAGAGCCUCAUCUUACGCCUAUUAUGCGCUCCUAGAAAGAACGGGAUUAGUAGCAGACUUACUGGAAUGAGAUUAGUAGUUCGUUUAGUAGGCGAUUUGAUAUAUCCUCAACAAUUCCAGAUCUGGAGAGAAGCCUUCAGUAUGCACAGAAGGCGAUGGACUUCGAGCCGAAAGACCACUCAAGAAGGCCUGUCCUCCUGAACAAUUAUGUAAGCAUGCUUGGAAAGUAUGGUCAAGAAACAAAGAAGACAGAAUACCUUGAUCAAGCCAUCGAGCUUGUGAGGAUGGCUAUUUCAGAAAUUCCGUCCGGCGAUACGGAUUGGUUAAUGGCACGUUGUAACCUGGGGAAUUUGCUCGGUCAGCGAUUUAGGAGGUAUUUGAUAAAGGAGGAUAUCGAUGAAGCCAUCAGCCUUUACGAAGAGGCCCUCAGCAAGCUUCCGACAGAACAUUUCAAUCGAGUAGGAUGUCUUAAGGGUUUGGGAGUCUGGUACAGCGAACGUUUUGAGAGAUUCCAUGAUCCACAAGAUGAACUCCAAGCCCUGUCAUUUUACAGGAUGGAGUUAGAAAUUACUACAGCCACGCCUUCAGUUCGAGUUGAGCUUGCUUAAAAGGCUGCUAGUAUUCACGCCAAAAGAGAAGAAUGGAAAGAAGCCAGUGACUUGCUAGAGACCGCCAUUGAGCUUCUUCCCCCCUUCUCAGCCUGAGGCCACUCAAAGAAACAGAUAAGGAAGAGAAAUUAACAGAACUCUUUGGGUUGGUCUCAGAUGCUGCAGCUAUUAGCC